AUCACUAUAGUCCAGCCUAGGAGCAACUGCGGGGGUGCUGCGAAUUGCCAGAAGGUUGCAAUGCAACGACUGCAAGCAGAAGAGCAAACGGAAAUAAAAAUGGAGGAGCAAGAGCCAGAUGGAGCUGAAAAGGGAGAAAAAUCAGAGGUGGAACAAAGGGACCUUCCUGGUGUCCAGGUUGUGACCAGCACUGAGCUUCAGACGGGGACAACUAUGCGACCGAUCAAGCCGGAACCGGAGGAGGGGCUGCAGCAGUGCUGGGAAGCCCAGUGGCAGGAGUUCCUGAGGACCAUGCAGGCCCCUUGCUUAGGAUGGAGGCCCCCACAGAUGCCUCUUCCACCGUCAGGGGAGAGCCUAAAGGAAUUUCAGAUGGCCUUCAAGGGGGCAGCUGAGCCCACCCUGGGGCCUAGAAGAGAACAUGUGAUCCAGGCCUUGCCAGGCCUCACUAGAGAAGCCCACGAGGCCUACGAACGCCACUUGGAUUUCUCCGUGCAAGUGAAAGAAGAGAUUCUGGAUGAUGAGGACCCUGUCAGCCCAGAAUCAUGCCGACAGCGGUUCAGGCGAUUCUGCUACUGGGAGGCCGAAGGGCCCAGAAAUGUUUGCAGGCAGCUCCAGGAGCUUUGCCGUCGGUGGCUGGAGCCGGACAGGCGCACCAAGGAGCAGAUCCUGGAGCUGGUGGCGCUGGAGCAGUUCCUGGCCACCCUGCCCGAGGAGAUGCGGAGCUGGGUCAGGGGAAGCGUCCCAGAGACCUGCAUCCAAGCGGUGGCCCUGGCAGAGGAGUUCCUGCUGAGGCUGGAGAAAAGAGAGCAGCAGAAGCUGGAGCCUUUUGAGGAAGUGAUUGUGAAUUCCCCCAAAGCAGAACAGGACCCCUCAGAUGCCGAGGACAUGCAGCUCUCCCUGGAAGUUGAGCAGGACAGCGAGGGGGAAGCCGACUUGUACAGAAGUGAGACGGAGGAGCAGAAUCUUCAGCCAGAAAGGGUCAAGAGAACUGAAGUUAGUGACAUUUCCCUGGAAACAGCCAGAGGACCCUUUUCCCAGGUACCUGAGGCAGAUGAAAGGCCCAGAAGUCAACAGGGGUUGAAACAACCCCAAGAAAAAGCCCCGGGGCAAACGCUAAGACACAAUGCUGACUGCAGGGAUGAAGGCGACGUGAGCUUAAACAAAAGCCCUUCCCGAGAGCGAGUCCCCGGAGACGCGGCUGAAACGAAGGCCGCCGCGUGCGGGAAAAGCUUCAGCCUGGGCUUCGGACUUGCUCAGCCCGCCAAGACGCCAUCCUACGAGUGCUCGUACUGCGGGAAGCGGUGGCCGUGCCAAUCCCAGCUCCGCCGGCACGUGAAAAUCCACACGGGCGAGAGGCCGCACAAGUGCACGGACUGCGGGAAAAGUUUCAGCACCAGCUCCAACCUCAGCCAGCACAAGAGGGUGCACACGGGGGAGAGGCCGUACAGCUGCAAAGACUGCGGGAAAAGCUACCGCCGCCGGGCCUCCCUGGUCCAGCACGAGAGGGAAACCUGCCGGAAGGGGAGCCAUCUCAACGCCCCGGCGGUGGGCUAUGUCGUGUUGGGGAGCUGCACUUUGCUGUGCAUGAAAAAAUUGAUGCAGGGCGGGAGGAACCGUGUGAUUGCUCCGAAAGGGGGAGAAGCCGCCCUGGCAGCUCAGCCCUUAAGUAUCUUAACAGGGUACACCCAGGAGCGAAGCCACACCAAGGAUUAGGGUGUAGGGGAAGUUUUGGCUGCAGUUGGGACCUCGCUCAGCAAGAGAGAGAGAGAGAGAGAGAGAACAAACUCUGGGCAGGAGAGAAGAGUACAUAGAGCCUAGCAGAAGGUUUAUUUGGAAGCCAAACACUUGCGGGAAAUGAACCCGUGUGAAGUCAAUGCCGUGUGACUGCCGAGUGGUGUGGAAACCUCUUCUUUUCUAGGACGUUCUGCGGAAGCCAAAGUAUAGGCCAAAACAACGGAGGCGGAGGGAGGGUACAAGCGGCAAAAUCACAAAGCAGGGAGCAUUGAAAGAAAUGCGGUUUAUUAAGCCCGAGAAAGGGCGAAACGGGUUCUCAGGAUGCAAAACGUUUAUUUUCACAAAGC